CUCAGAAUUCACUUCUCAGUACCGAGGCAUAGUAACAAGUCACCAGCCCUGGUUUCUAUGAGCUGUGCUUCUCACACAACCUGAGACACACAUACAAAGCCAACAUGGAAAACAAGCGACAGCCAGAUCUCCAGGACACUCAGCCACUCCAGGAAACAGAUGAAGAAUUAACAGCCGAAGCUGAAUUUACUGAAAUUUUAUCUGAGGAAGAGAAGGAAGAACUAAAGAAUGAAUUGGCAAAGCUGGAAGAUGAAAUUGUAACUCUACGUCAAGUGUUAGCUGCCAAAGAGAAGCACCUGGCAGAGAUCAAACAGAAAUUGGGAGCAAGCAUGGUGAAUGAGCUGAAGCAGAACUUCAGUCGAGGCUGGCAUGAUGUGCAGACCCAUUCUGCGUACAAGAAAACACAUGAAACCCUAAGCCAAGCUGGGAUUAAAGCAAGUGCUGCCAUAACUAAUGUUGGAAGUGCAAUUGGCAAAAAAUUGGGAGAUAUGAGAUCGCAUUCUAUUAGCUAUUCUAUCCGUCAUUCUAUAAGCAUGCCAGCAAUGAGAAAUUCUCCUACAUUCAAGUCUUUUGAGGAACGUGUUGAGAAUACAGUAACUUCACUGAAGGCUAAAGUAGGAGCAACAAACCAAACCCAGGGAAGCUUUGAAGAAGUUCUGAGCUCUACUGCUCAUGCUAGCGCCCAGAGUUCAUUGGCUGGCAGCCUUCUGCCUGAAGCUGAGGAAGAACUACAGUGAUGACAUCUACAAAUAAUACAUAUAGCUGCUCAGUCAACACCUUGCAAAGUACUGUCAUAAAACCAGAAAUGUGUGUUUUUGUUUCCCUCCAAUAAAAGGUAAUGGAGUAUAUUU